UGAUGAGAAAGCAGAGCAACCGAACACCAUGGAGUAGGCUUCAGCUUUCCAUUGCCUGAACCUCCAAUGUGGAACGCCUCGAUCAGUAGAAGAAACAACGUUCAGUGAAAAGGAUCUUUACUGACCAGCUGGAAGGAAACAUUUAAUUUCUCAGUGCCGGCAUUACACAGCUUUUAAAAAAUGCCUGCUGCCGAAGAUACAGUGUGUGAACACAAGGCAUCAGAAGGCUCCAAUCUCAAGAUUAAACUCUAUCAUGCUACCAGAGAGCAAGGUGAAAACACCCUGGAGUUCUGUGCUGGACAGUACACAGCAGAGGAACUUUGCAUUUUUGCUGCACGGGCUAGUGGAAUUCUACCAGUCUACAACAGUCUCUUUGCCCUUGCAACUGAAGACAUAAAAGUCUGGUUUCCUCCAAGCCACAUCUUCCAAGUUGAUGGCUGCACACAACAGGUCCUUCUAUAUCGCCUCAGAUUUUUCUUUCCCAACUGGCUUGGCCAAGGCAGCAAGAAAUCCUACCGCUAUGGUCUUAUGAAGGAAUGUACCAGCACCGUUUUGGAUUACUCUGUCAUAGACUACCUCUUUGCUCAGUCACGCUCUGACUUUGUCACUGGACUCAUUGAAGUCCCACUGGACCUGCAGAUGCAGGAGGAAUGUUUGGGAAUGGCUGUACUGGACAUAAUGCGGAUUUCAAAGGAGAGGAAGUGGAGUCUGGAACAAAUCCGUAAUCGUAUCAGUUACAAGUCCUGCAUUCCAGCAUCUCUCCGUCAACAAAUCCAGCAACAAAACUUUGUAACGAGAAAGAGAAUCAGAAGGAAGUUUUUCAAGUUUCUGAAGAAAAUCAGCCACUGCGAAACUGACCUCAGGUGCCUGAAAUUGAAAUACCUCCUGGAUAUGGGAAACUUGAAAAUAAUGCCCAUUCAGGAAAUCUUUUGUGUGAAAGAUCAAACAUGGGAUCAUCAAGUGCUCCCAACAUACAAGUUCAUCUGUAUCUCUGGAGAACAUGGAGUCCAGUGGAAUACCAAAGAAGAUGAGCAAUGGCAGCCCUUUUGUGACUUUCCAGAGAUUGUUGACAUCACUCUCAAGCAGGCUAGCCGAGAUUAUGUCUUAGAAGAAAGUCGAAUUGUCACACUUACUAAACAAGACAAUGAGGUUUUGGAGGCAGUGUUUCCCAGCCUAAGAGAGGCUCUAUCUUUCAUCGCCCUGAUUGAUGGCUAUUACAGACUGACUGCUGAUGCUCACCAUUACCUCUGCAAAGAAGUGGCUCCCCCGAAGCUGCUGCAACACAUUGAGGACAAUUGUCAUGGACCAAUCACCUCCGACUUUGCUGUGUCCAAGCUAAGGAAGCAUCGAAACAGGAAAGGUCUUUACAUCCUACGCUGCAGCCCCAAGGAUUUCAACAAGUACUUCCUGACUGUUUGUGUUGAAACAGAAUUUGGGAAGGAUUACAAGGACUGCCUGAUUAUCAAGGGGGAGAGUUACUCUCUGGCUGGUGUACCUCGGCAGUUCGAGAGUUUGAAGAGUCUGCUGAACUACUAUCGGAGUGCAGGCCUUGUAUCAGAGGGAGUCAGCAUUGAGCUCAAGACCUGCUGCGUACCCAGACCCAAAGAGAAGUCCAACUUGAUUAUCAUUCGCAACAACUGGUCCUCUGAUCUCCUUGUCUCACCUGUAAUGCAGCGAAGGAAUGUCAAUCAGAUGAUGUUCCAUAAAGUAAAGAAGGAAGAAUUGAUUAGGGGUGAAAGUCUGGGUCAAGGCUCCUUUACAAAGAUCUUCAAAGGAGCAAGAGAGGUGAAUGCAAACAACGAAUUUUUCCAGAUGGAGGUUUUACUGAAAGUAUUGGACCCUUCCCACAGGAACUACUCUGAGUCAUUCUUUGAGGCAGCAAGUGUAAUGAGCCAAGUUUCCCACAAGCAUCUCAUCCUGGUUUAUGGAAUCUGCGCCAUCAGCAAAGAGAACAUCAUGGUUCAAGAGUUUGUGAAAUAUGGAGCCCUGGACACAUACCUAAAGAAGAAUAAAAACAAUAAUUCUGUCAAUAUUAGUUGGAAACUUGAGGUUGCAAAGCAGCUUGCAUAUGCCAUGAACUUCCUGGAGGACAAGCACAUUGUUCAUGGCAAUGUCUGUGCAAGGAAUGUCCUGCUGACACGAGAAGGAGAUGCAGUGGCCAGGUGUCCUCCAUUUAUCAAGCUGAGUGACCCCGGAAUCAGCGUGACCAUCCUACCGAAUGAAGUAUGCAUUGACCGGAUACCGUGGUUGGCUCCAGAAUACUUUGAUAAAACAACACACCUAGUACCAGAAUUAGACAAGUGGAGCUUUGGUACAACCCUCUGGGAGAUAUUCAGUGGAGGAGACCUUCCACUCAAUAGUAUGGAACCCACACAGAAACUCCAGUUUUAUGAAGACCACCUCCAGCUUCCUCCUCCCAGAUGGACUGAGUUAGCAAGCCUCAUCAAUCAGUGUAUGAACUAUCAGCCUGAGGUGCGGCCUUCUUUCCGAGCCGUCAUCAGGGAGCUGAACCGAUUAAACACAUCAGACUACGAAAGACUGUGCGACUUGUCCCCAGCUGACCUCGCAGUUACAAAUGACUUCUGGCACUGUUUUGCUGUGAGAAAACAGGAGGAUCCAAAUUUCUUUGAAGAGAGGCACCUUAAAUUCAUCUCUAUGUUGGGCAAGGGAAAUUUUGGCAGUGUGGAGCUGUGUCGAUAUGAUCCCCUUGGAGACAACACAGGGGACCUGGUGGCUGUAAAAAAGUUGCAACAUACCACAAGAGAACACCUUCGGGACUUUGAGCGGGAGAUUGCAGUGGUCAAGAAUCUCCAUAAUGAAUAUAUUGUCAAAUACAAAGGAGUUUGUUAUAGUGUCGGGCGCAGGAACUUGAGGUUGAUCAUGGAGUACCUGCCACAUGGAAGUCUACGAGAUUACCUGCAGAAGAACCGGCAUAGGUUGGAUCACAAGAAGCUCCUGUUGUAUGCCUCACAAAUAUGCAAGGGAAUGGAAUACCUCGGCUCAAAACGAUAUGUACACAGGGAUCUGGCAACUCGGAACAUCCUUGUAAAAAGUGGCACCUGUGUAAAAAUAGGUGAUUUUGGUCUAACCAAGAUUCUGCCUGGAGACAAGGAUUACUAUAAAGUUUUGGAGGCAGGAGAGAGUCCAAUCUUUUGGUAUGCAAUUGAAUCUCUAUCUGACAGCAAAUUCUCUAGAGAGUCAGAUGUUUGGAGUUUUGGUGUUGUGCUUUAUGAAUUAUUUACAUAUGGCGACCAUAGCAGGAGUCCACCAACGGAGUAUCAAAGAAUGAUUGGUCCAGAUAAACAAGGACACAUGGUCUUCCAGAUGCUUGAAGUCCUAAAAACCAGACGCUUACCAGCACCCCAAGACUGUCCAAGAGAGAUCUACAAUGUUAUGUUGAACUGCUGGAGCCACAAUCCUGCUCAAAGACCAACCUUUGUAGAACUUCUGCACAAGAUAGAAGAAAUGCAAGCUGCUCUUUGCUGACCAGUGCUACCUUCAUAAAGAAUUCACUUCUGAGCCUAUGGAAUCCUGUCUCCCUACAGCUUAGAAUCAACACAGAAUGGCUCAAAAGAAACAGUGUUUUGUUUGCGAAACUGAUGGACUGUCUCAGGUGCCACACCAGUAUUGCUAAGCAGUGCAGCCUGUGAUCAUCAGGUUGCUCAGUUCUUCAAAUGGAAACUUCAGAUCAAAACUGACUUCUGGAGGUGUUAGACCUGGGACUAUAUCAUCUUGUCUCUUUUCAGGCUUUUACAUUGCUUCUAUGACUUUGAAAUAGUUGAAUUCACCCACUAAGAAACAGCAGCAAGAGAUUGGAGAGCAGUAAUGGCAACAUGAAUUUUUAGAAUUUGUCCUAUGUUGCAAAACCUGGCGAUACCUUCCUAGGCACAAAAGCUGGGAACUGGAAGGGCAAUGGCACUAUGCUUGGAAAGAACAAGAGGGUGCUGAGGGUGGGAUGAGGGAAUUCCUCUUAUUAUAAGUAAUGUUGACAGGGGAUUUUGAGAUCAGUCAUUCUUCAGUCAAAAAUGGGAGUCUUAUUAAAAUGCAAACUGUUGGCAGCAUGGGCCCUGACCUUGUAAUAUUAUAAGGUGAAGGCAGAUCUUUAAUGCAAUAUGCAAUCAUUAUUCCCAAAUAUGAUAUGACAUCUAUUUAGUUCUGAAAUAGCUGAUAUAUUCUAUUCAAACAAUUUAAAUUAGAAACUGAACCCAGGAGGUAUAUUUUUAAGCAAGAAGUGGUUUUCACAGAGGUAAAUAAAUUUAGUUAUAGUUUCUAGGUCAAUAGCCAUCAUUCAAAUAUUGACUUGCAUGCAUAGAAUAAUAGAAACUCCAUAAUUCAGAAGGAGACAAUUUGUUCCAUUGUGAUGGCACUGGUUAAUAAAAUGUUGUCCAACCAAAUACCAGUUGUAUUAAGGCAGUAUUUGACCAAAUGUAGCCUGAAUGAAAAUGUAGAGACUUGCAGAUGCUAGAAUACGGAGCAAUACGAAGCACUGGAGGAACUCAAGAAGGGGAAGAAAGAAGUUGUCAACAGAG